AUAACAUUGUACGCCACCGCCACGGCCGCCGCCGGUAUAGGGAAAAAGCACGGCAGUCUGGUCUCGACCGUAUACCCGCGUGCCCGUGUUAGAAAACAAACCCGACCUUAUACGGUACCCGCGAGUGAUAACGACGACGUUGUUUGAAAAGAAUAGAAAAAUAUUGUUUUUUUUAAUUUAUCAGUGUCGACGCGAGUGUGAUUUCCGAGUGUGGACCCGGGGAUUUAUCGUACAACCGGUGGAUUUUCCGUUAUCCCGUAAACGUCUUCGGUAUCAUAUUCGAUACCAGUUCGCCAUUGCACAAUACAGGUGGUCCAACGAAAUGGACUCGAGCAUAGCCUAAGUGCUCUAGAGAAAGUUCGACAUGAACUCACUCGCAUGGCCACUCGUGUUGGCCGUGGUCGGCUGCUUGGUGUGCAGGACCGCGAGUCACGUAGCCCUGACGUUCCCUCCGGCUCGGUCUUAUGACCUGGACUUCCUGGAUACGGGCAGGACCGCCGGCCCCUGUGGCAUGCCCAAAGGUACCAUCAAGACUUCGUUGAUGGCCGGUUCGUCGUUCAACGUCACGUGGCAUCUGGCCUAUCCACACCGGGGCGGAAUCAAACUCCAAGUAUUGGACAACUACCAGAGGCCAGUGUUGGAUUUGACCCCAGUCACGAAAGAUACUGAGUUCUUGAGGACAGACGCGACGGCCCAAUCGUACACCGUGCAGUUGCCCGGCGAUUUCGUUUGCGAAGAUUGCACCAUCAGGCUGCUGCGCGAGGCCUUGGAAUGGGGAAACAGCUACAAGUUUUGGUCUUGUGCGGACGUCGACAUCAAAAACAAGAAAGCCUACCGGGAGGACUGCAGCGGCAAAGGACGUUACCUGUUGUCGAAAUGCCGGUGCGACAGGUUGUACUACGGAUCCAGGUGUCAGUACAAAGACGAAUGCUUGGAAGACAGCGACUGCGGUGAUCAAGGGAGAUGCAUAGACGUUCACGCCACUUCAGCCCCGAAAAAGCAGUGCUAUUGCGAACCCGGUUGGUUCGGUCCGGCUUGCACCAAACGGUCGGCUCUGAAAUCGAACGACAUCGAUUUGAGCAACCAUCGGUUCAGAGAGCUGUCGAAGGACUUCCACAUGUAUUGGAAAGUGUUCAAAGAAGAGGGCGAAAUCGAGGUGGUGCUCAGAGCUAACGGCACUAGUUACUUGGGUUUGGGAUGGCGUCCAAAAGAUUUGACGGCGGAUUGUAAGAACUUCCCGGAGUUGGCAGAUUUGCCGGGCGCGAAAGCAGUGGCUGCGGCACCUAAGCCGGAACCGGAACCCAAGAGUGAACCGGAACCCAAGAGCGAGCCGGAACCCAAAAGUGAGCCGGAACCCAAAAGCGAACCGGAACCCAAAACUGAACCGGAACCCAAGACCGCUCCGGAACCCAAGAGCGAACCAGAACCCAAAAGUGAACCGGAACCCAAGACCGAGCCGGAACCCAAGACCGAGCCGGAACCCAAGAGCGAGCCGGAACCCAAGAGCGAGCCGGAACCCAAGAGCGAGCCGGAACCCAAGAGCGAGCCGGAACCCAAGAGCGAGCCGGAACCCAAGAGCGAGCCGGAACCGAAGAGCAAACCAGAACCGAAAACAGGAACUACACCUAAAACUACUCCGGAGCCCAGCAGUAAGCCUGAACCGGAACCGGAGCCCAGUGUGGAACCAUCUCCUGAACCGACUAAACCGUCUUCGACCACGACGACUACGGUUGCCAGUUCUACAAGACCAAAACCGUCGUUUUUCCGUACCAGAGGUCGAUCGCCUAAACCGAAAACUACCGAAGAAGCAACCACAGUAGCAUCUUCCGUCACACCUCUGAGGCACACCAACGCGAGACCGGCGUUCGCACAGUUGAGAAACAAGAGAUCCACUCCUAAUGAGCCUCGACCUGAAACCGAGCCGGAACCGAAAUCCGAACCCGAACCCGAAUCGAAACCCAGCGAACACGAAGGCCACGAUCGUCAUGAUCAUUCUUCCUCGCAUCACGAUCAUCACGAUCAUCAUCAUCACCAUCAUCAUGAUCACCAGCACGGCGAAGCGCCUUCAAAGAAAGACAUCAAGCUUAACGCGUACACGCCAAAGGGAGAUUUCAACGGGAUGGACUGCACCGACUUGGUCAUCGGAACCGCUCGCGGAUCAGCUAGCAGAGUGUGGGAUUAUUACACAAGGGACAGGUCCACGCCUCGUGUCGACAGUUAUUGGGGCGGAAAGAACGACCUUACAGCCGCUGUCGGAUUCGAAAAAGACGGCGUUACGACAAUCGCGUUCAGAAAGAAACUGAAAGCCACCGAACUCACCGACCAUUCGAUCGUCGACGACUUGAUGCACGUCAUUUGGGCCAAAGGCCAAGAACACAAACACUAUCAACACUCGCCCAAGUCGGGAUUGGAAAAAGACGUUGCUCUGGUCAAGGACUUCUACAAACAGGACGAUCUUAAGUACCACGGCCACGGAUCACAACGUGGAGUGAUUUCCAUCAACUUUUUCGAUGAACCCGAACAACAGCAACAGGCGGUCAGCGUGCUACAGGGCGCCGCGAAUGACGCGGACGGCGGAGACCCUAUGGCCCGCGGCAAGUCGCCCGACCAACAAACCGCGGUCACGUCGACCCCGGCGCCCAGCAACUGCUACGGCCAGUGGUCCACGCCCAAAGGCUGUGACGUCGCCGCCGGCCAGUGCGAAUACCACGCCGUCUGGACGUACUCGUCGAGAACCGAUUACAUACGGUUCACCAUAUCGACCACCCACACGACCACCUGGACCGGAAUAGGAUUUUCGGACGACCACAAAAUGAGUCAGACCGACGCCGUGAUCGGAUGGGUGGACAAGGCCGGCCGGCCGUUCCUGAUGGACACUUGGAUCAACGGGUACACGGCACCGUUACUGGACGCUUCUCAGGACUUGAGCAACAUCACCGGUAACACGGUGGACGGGGUUUCCACUUUGAGUUUCAUGAGGAAGAGAUCUACCGGCGACACCAAAGACAUGAUGUUCUCCGACGACAGGUGCCUGUACUUGACGUUCAUCGUGAAAGGCGGCGGUUACAAUUCGGUAAACAAGAAGAUCAAGAAGCACGAAACGGUUCCGGUAUUCUCCAACGAUAGAAUAUGUAUACGGUCUUGUGGAGCAGAAGAAGACUGGGAAUCGGCCAUGACCACGACCGCCCCGAAGGCGGCAUUUAACGUGGCCGUCAAGCUGGUAAAACUGGGCGAAAACUUUGUUGUACCCACCGCGGGCAGUGCGGACUUCGACGCCCUGGCCAAUACCGUGACGACCGGGUUCAAAAAGUCCCUUACCAAGUUGCCGGAAUUCUAUAAGAUCAGCGUAAAUGAGUUCUCGCAAGAAAACGAUAACGUAGUGGCCAAAAUGAACGUGGAGUUGGACGAGAGCGGUGGCGGAUCUCGCGGACGCGCUUUGAGCACUGAAGAAGGCGCCGAACAGCUGGAACGUGUGCUCAGAGAUACCGUCAACAGCGGUCGAGUGGGCGCCUUGUCUUUGGACCCCAAGUACUUCGUUUUCGAAGCUGCUCCACUUUCUAACACCAUACCGUUGGAGGACAAUCCCAACGACGGUCUCUUGCUGUCCUCGACGAAACUGUGGAUCGUCAUCGGCUGCAUUUCGGCUUUGGUGUUCAUCGCCAUCGUGCAAGCCGGUUGCACCAUUUACAAAACGGCCAGGAGACCUAGGCCCAACCAUAAGGAACACGGAGGCAAUUCCGCCUGGAAGGAUUACUCGGCUGGAGGCGGAGGCGGCGUCGGCGGCGCCAACACCAAUUACGCGUUCGACCAGUACGACGGCGACGAAAAGGUGUCGCCCAGCUCGCUCAGUCACACGUCCACCAUUCCGUUGACUACCAAACUGGUGACGCACGGUGGCGGCGGCGGCGGCGGCGGCAACGGCAACGGUAACCAUUACGCCGAGUCGAGAUCCUUGCACAGGCCCGCGCAGGCCAACGGGCGGCACAUGCACGGCCGCCCGCCGCCGCCGCCCAGCUCGCACCACGACCGCGCGGCCGGCACGUAUUCGCUGCCCAGGCCGGUGCAACAGCCGCCGCAGCACAACGGCUAUUACACGCACAGGCCGCCCAACAGGACUGCCGGUGGCGGCGGCGGCGCGGGCCACGGACAGCAGUCCGACCAGCUGCAGCCCGACUUCUACUUCAUGCCGUCGCAGAGGAAGUACUCCGGCGAAGUUGUCAGGGUGUACGUGGACUAUAAUACCAACCCUAGAAAAUAAACAAUAAUAAUUAUAUAAUUAAAUCCAAAUAAUAUUAUAUAUAUAUAUAUAGUAUAUAAUAAUAUUAUCGUUCGUUUAUAAGCAAACGAAAAUAUUAUAAUACCUAUAUAUAUUUUUGUUUGUACAUAAGUAGAUUUUUUCUUAUAAUUUAUAUAGACAUUUAUUUUCAUAAGAGACUCUAUAAAAAAACAGCUACUUAAAAAACUUGACAUUUUUAUACAGAAAACGAAACACCCAACCUAGAGCUGCUUCUUACACUUCUUAGCCUGGGCCUGGAGUCCGAAAUUAAAUUGUACAUUUUCCUUUCAAAAAAAAAAAAAGAAAAAAAAUUGUCAUGUAUGAUUGAUGGGUUUUUUUUUUAAUUUUUUGGGAUUUUUCAAAAUCUUUUCUUCUACAUAUCUUGUCAAAUACUGUUUCAUUAGCUUUUUUUUAUUUUACAUAUACAUAUAUUUUUUUGUAUAUUGUAAAAAUUGGGCGGGACAGAAAAUGCACAUUUUGUUUUCAAUCGUUUUUAAAACUAUGGUAAUUCAAUGUGGUUUUGGAGGAGAAGACAUAUGGAAUCAGGCCUGGUUCGCCUGGGCUCGGGUCCGUUUUUUCUCCAUCUAGUUUCUUCUAUAUUCUUCUGUACAUUGACGUUUUUUUGUUGUUCAUUCGGUAAUAUAAAAACUUGAUACGCGGUUUGUGCCAUUGUUUAAAAAAAAAAAAAACACACGGAUUGCCAAAGUCCGGGUUUGUGUUUUCCGUCCAGGAAUUCUGUUAAAGGGUUGCAAAAACGAAAGACGUUUAAGUAAUAUACACACACACACACAUAUAUAUAUAUAUAUACAAUAUAAUAUAUACAUUUUUGUUUGUAUUAUGAUUUUUCGUACAAAAACUUUAAUAUUAUUUUGUAAUAACAAUUUUUUUUUUUUUUGUAAUUAUUAUUCGUUUAGCCACUAAAUCGACUGUAUUAUUAUUAUUAUUUUUUAUUUGAUUUAGAUUAUGUAAAAAUGCAAUCUAGUAUAUAAAACGACCAUCAUCGUUAUUCCAGUAGUAUUAUUAAUAUGUAAAUAUCAAUGUUCAUGUUAGUUGCGCGCACACUCGACGGCGAUGGUAAUAAUAAUAUGAGUUUGUCGUUAUUUAUUUUAGAAAAAUAUCCCGUUUUGUUUAUAAUUAUAUAUUAUAUAUAUAUAUAUAUUUUUUUUUUUUGGUUUAUAGUGGCAGUUUUUUUAAACAUUAACAAAA